UGUUGAACGUUUUCAGCUAUUGCAUGGUUCCUUCAACACGCAGAAGAUAUCGCAACACGUCAGUAGUAUGUAGUAACUGCUGAAGUAUAAAAACCUUUGUCUUCGGUGAAUACAGCAGUGUGGAGUUGUAUUUGUAAAGCUGUUCUAUCUGCCUCUGGUAAGACUACAUUUGAGCACAGUAUAGGCAAGACAAAAGUCAUUUGAUUGUGUUUUAGAGUUGGUUCUUUCACAGAUUAUCAUGACGACUCACCAACCAGAACAUCAGAGGCACAGGAACAGAUCCCUGCAGGACACGGGUAACGGGAAGCUUGAGUAUGGAGCUGAUGAUGAGGGCAAAUGUGUGGUACAAGUCCACAGUAGAUGGAACAACAUCCACCUGUCUCUGGUGUGUGUUUUGUUGGGCAUCUCUCUCAUAAUGAUGCUGGAUGGCUGCCGGUCCUCCUCUGGGUCGUGGGUUCUGCUGGGUUCUGCUGGAACCCUGAUCUGGGACUGGACGUCUGUGUGUGUGGUGCUGUUAUUCACUGUCCUGCAGGUGGCGCUCUAUUAUCUACCUGUGGGACAGGUGACAGAAGGCAAGAUGGGCUGCGAUGGAAAGCGUUUGAAAUACAAACUCAAUGGUCUGCAUGCGUUUCUCCUGACUGUGGUUCUGAUGCUGGUUCUGUGGUUCGCUGGUGUUCUGCAGGCCGGUGCUGGGACGGUCAGGAUCUUCUCUCUGGUGAGCGCAGCCAUGGCCGUCUCUCUGAUCUUCAGCCUCGCGCUGUUCCUGUGUCCAAUCAGAACACCGUCCUCCGCACAUGUGACCUACAACACGGGUAUGACCCCUCAAUUCCUCCCUGUCUAUCCACAGCGCCUGAGGUCAGAGGUCAUGUGUGUGUUUGUGUUGCACAGCAAAGCCCCUGCUGAAGUUUGUUCUGGGUCACAAUAUGGAUCCUCGUCUGGGCCUCAUCGACGUCAAGCACUUCGUGAUGGUCAGGGUUGGGUUUAUCGGCUGGGUGAGUCUGAGGAAAUCAUGAUUUUGCGUUGGUCAAAUGAACGCUCACUGAUGUCUGUGUCGGUCCUGCAGGCCGUGAUGGAUCUGAAUUAUCUCCUGACUGCUGUAGAGAUGAAGAACUCGUCUCUCGCUCUGCUGCUCGUCAUCGUCUUCCAGCUCAUUUACAUACUGGACUUCCUCAUCGAUGAGGGCUCUGUGCUGACGACCAAAGAGUUCACAAACGAGCCGAUUGGGUUCAUCAUGAUUUUGGGCGAGUUUAUCUGGAUCCCUUUCUUCUCCAGUCUGCCUGCUUACUUCCUGCUUCAGAGACCCAAUCACAUCCACUUCCUGUCUGCCGUCCCCAUCUGUCUGCUCUUCGCUGCUGGCUUCCUGAUGUAUUACCUGUCUAACGAGCAGAAAGAUGGUUUCCGCAGAAAUCCCAGUGAUCCGGCCUACGCUCGUCUGAACACAAUCCGCAGCCCGGCGGGAAGCAGUCUGCUGGUGUCUGGAUGGUUCGGAUGGGUCCGACACCCCAAUUACUCAGGAGACAUCCUGAUGAUGUUUGCCUGGUGUCUGCCAUGCGGGUUCACCAGUGUUUUGCCGUACUUGCCGGCGCUACAGUGCUUUCAUUUAUUGAGGCAACGAGCCAAUGAGAUCGAAGAAUCCUGUCUGAAGAAGCACAGAGACGCCUGGCGGGAAUACUGUCGACGAGUGCCAUACAAACUGCUGCCUUACGUGUACUGAGCAUCUCUCAUCUGUGUGUGUUUACAUGAACCGCCCCAAAGCAGAGCUCUCGUGUGGAGUUAUUACUCCUAGCUGUGUGGAUCCCAUGACUUGAACUACUAGUACACAGCCAAAAGUCAUUAAAUUCAUUAAAUCUGAUUUAACCCGUGACAUUUAGUUUUGUUUGUAGAAAUCAUGUAUUAAGGUUGAUUCAGAGAGAUUAUAUAAUAAAAUAAACCUUUUUUUUCCCCA